UGCUAAAAUAGCAAAACUUCAGGCAUGACAGCAUUUCAGAUGAGAUGCUUGUGGGACUAUGAAUGGGAUCGAUAAGACCGACCCUAAAAUUAAGGUUCCGUAUCAUGGAGGAAUUUCAAAAACUCCACAAAUACCCAGGCAUUAUUCUAUUAUCGAAGAGAAAAUCCCUGAUGCUGGUCUCACAAAACUCGAAGAAAUUAAGGAGUGUAAUAAUAAGAGAAGUUAUACAUCAAAUGAUAAUAUUAAUGAACUACUAUUUUCCAAAAAGAGAAUUUCUGCUAGUAACUAUAUUGUGGAGAAAUCAUCAAAAAGUUUCUAACAAUCCAAAAGAGCCUUCAGAAAUGCAUAGCAUAAGGACUAUUAGCAGUCCACAACUGCAGAGCUCCAGUAAUCUUCAUAUCUAUGAGGAAGGAAGCCAGAAGAUAAGGAACAUGAAACCGAAUAAGCCUCUGACAGUUCCUCCAAAAAUGCCUAAUAGUAAUCCCAGUUCUUUGAUAAAAUCAAGAAUGCAUAGCUCGUUUAGGCCGGAUUCUCAUAAUAAGAGUAGCAGAGAAGUAUCAGAAGAUAAGCAAAAUAUAUCUAGUGAUGAUAGCAUUAAGAAGAGCCCUGACAAGCCUCCACCAAUACUGGGAUUGAAAAUCUUGAGCUCAAGGUUCCAAAGUGUGAGCUCUGAUAGUAAAUUGAUGAGCUCCUCUCAUAAAGCCCAAGCUCUAGCUGAAAAGCAUCAAGAUGAUGAAAUAGAGAUAUUUAGUAGCUUUAACUCUGAUGAUAAGUCGUCUUAGUAAGAGAAUGACUCAAUGAGGAAGAUAUUGUCAACUCCUGAUCCAAAAAUUUAGCUCAUAUAAUAUUGUUAUAUUCUACUAGUUAUUUAAA